AAUUACCAGCUUUUGUUCUGAACUAUGAUAACUAGUGAAGAAGAGGCCAAGAAGAAGAUAUACAAUGUUUCAUGCGAAAGAUACUUUGGUUUUGGAUGUGAGAUUGAUGAAGAGACAUCAAAUAAGCUCGAAGGUUUGCCUGGUGUUCUCUUUGUCCUACCAGAUUCAUAUGUCGAUCCAGAGAACAAGGAUUAUGGAGCUGAGCUAUUUGUGAAUGGAGAGAUAGUUCAAAGGUCACCUGAAAGACAAAGGAGAGUGGAGCCAGUGCCCCAGAGAGCUCAAGAUAGACCCCGAUAUAAUGACCGAACACGUUAUGUGAGGCGCCGUGAAAACAUGCGGUGAAGAUUGACCUGUGUGUGAUAGUACAACAACUACUACUGCUGUGCCUCAAUCCCAAGCAAGUUGGGGCUCAGUGUGAUAGUAGUCCAACUUUUUUAUCCUCGUUGGGGAAAAAAAGAUUAUAUCAUGAAAAGAGAAUGUAUUAGUUGUUCAUGUUUUCUAUUGGUCUGAGCUAUUGGAACAUUUGAUGAUUUAGUUGGAACUCUUAAAAAACUAGGCAUUUGAUAGUCAAUAUGGCUGAUAAAGAUCAUUCAUCUGUAAAGUCAUUAGUCUUCUUUGUUUGCAUUCUGAUAUAGUUUAUCUUAAA